CAUGUUUUUCAUGUUGAAGUUGGUGUUAAUAUUUUUAUUACACGAAACGCAAGCGUAUAUUAUGCAAGAUAUCGAAAGAAUAUUGCUGCCGGCAUUGAAUACGACAGAGAUAGAGGAAAUACCACUGACUUUAAAAGUUUUUGGAAAACAGAUUAAGUUAAAUCUGCGAAGAAACGACAAGAAUGUAUCGUCUACGUAUAAGGUAUGGAAACAUGACGCAAAAGACAUCACAAUAGGAUUGUCGGAAUUACACGCAUCGGAUCCUUGCUAUUAUUUUCACAAAAAUCGUAUCAGCACAGCGGCCAUAAACGUUUGUCAGAAAUGUGGAUGGGAAGGAUUUGUUUUUUUCAAAGACGACACAUUAGAAAUUAAAACUUUGCGAGAUAACCAUGCGUCUUUGUCCUCAAUCGACGAUCUUUGCGUUAAAGAAGAAAUUAAUGUUUCAUUUGGCAAAGCUCACCUCAUUAAAAGAUCUUUGCAAUUAUUUGCUGAUUCAAGUUUUCAUGAUUUUUAUAAUUUUAAACUGAAGCGGCGUCAUGUACAAAAUAUGCAAGAAAAACUAACUAUAGAGCUGGCUGUUUUCUUCGACGUAGCCGCAUAUCGUACGUUCAUAUCUUUUCUGGAUGAGGAUAAUGGAAAGUUGCGCAAUAUGAUAUUAGCGUAUGUGAAUCGUAUCCAAGCUAUGUUUCAUCAUUCAAGUUUGGGUGUUUCUAUCGAUAUUUCAUUGGUACAUUUGGAAAUUAUGGAUGAACAACCGUCAAAUUUGCCAGUUUCUGACGGCAACGCUACCAAACUGCUCAAUUCGUUCUGCAAAUACGCGGAAACUCGCAAUCCUCCGGACGAUAAUGAUCCGCGCCACUGGGACAUUAGUCUUUACAUAACCGGAAUAGAUUUUUGGAAAAAGAAAGGUCUCCUAGGUACCUUAGGAUUAGCCUACCUCAAUGGCGUGUGCAGUUUAAAUAAAUCAUGCGCGAUUGUAGAAUUCGGUAUUGCGGAUAAGCUAUCCUCGGGUUUUACAUCGUCUGUUACUGCUGCUCAUGAAAUCGGCCAUGUUUUAGGAAUGGAACACGAUUCAAACCAGGAUGAAAAAUACCAAUACAUAAUGUCACCACGCGGGCACCAAGGCCAGACAACAUGGUCCGAGCAUAGUCGCGAUAUAGCUGAAAAACUCUGGUACAGUGAACAGUGUCUCCGAGAUUAUACGAAAAAUUUAGAAGACGCGUAUGACCACUCGCGUUAUUAUGAUUUACCCGGAAGAGAAUGGACCGCCAAAGCACAAUGCGAAAUAUAUUUUCGCGACAAGGAUGCCAAUGUAGUCUCAUUGCUUGAUAUUUGUAAAACUUUACAAUGCGAAACGCCUCGCAAAAAUGAGUAUUACUACACGGGACCGGCGUUGGAAGGAACUUAUUGCGCAUCCGGGAAGGAAUGUCGUGGUGGAGAAUGCGUACCCGUUCUGAGACCGUCAUAUAUUCUCGAGUAUUGUGAAGAUGAUAACUGGAGUGAAUGGAAAGAAGGCACCUGUCAAAGUAGCUGCCUAGUAAAAUCUAAAGGUGUAAAAAUCAAUCGACGUUCUUGCAGACAUGGACUUCGCAGAACAGCAAGUUGCAGCGAGCCAUAUUACGACGUGGUUCUGUGUGAAGACUGGAUGCUUUGCAGCAAAGAUCGACUGCCAAUCUCCGUGUUUACUGCCAUGAAAUGCAUUAAAUUCAACAAUUAUGCAAAGCAAAAAUUCAAGAUCGAACUGGAAAAAGAGCCAGGAGUUCAAAUCUCUUAUAAUGUCUCGGAACCGUGGAUGGCCUGUACUAUACACUGCCGACGAAAAAAUCCAUCUACUUUCUACGCACCACGCUUGGAAAUGCUCAGCUCCGGUAUCGAUCCAUACUUUCCAGAUGGAACAUGGUGUCACAAUAAAGAUGGCCAGGAUUAUUACUGCCGCCAACAUUAUUGUCUGCCGGCAAGCUACUCUUAAGUAUUUUUGAAGGAUUAUUGACAUGUGAACAAGGAUCGAGGAUAAAGAAAAUUAUAAAAUGCGUGUAAAUCAAUAUAUAAAAGUUGGUCAAUUCGAUUGGUACCGAAUUUUCGAUCGCACAAUCUGUCAAUCCGUGUUAACUUUUGUUUUGCGUGUCAUCUAUAUCUUGCUUGUUGGAGACAAGAAUUACGUCGAAUUAUCAGUAUCUAAAACGAAUUCCAACAAAUAGCAUUAAUAAAAAUAUUUAAAAAACAAUAAAAGUAGUAGAUAAUAAUUAAUAUGUUUGCAAAACAAAAAAAGAUAGCUAAGUAAAGUAUAGGUACUUUUAUUCCCUUCGAGAUGUGUCGAGAAAAAGUGAACGAGAACAAAACUCACUAUGUUAUGUAUUUUAAUAG